AUGGCCCUCUCUGCGUCGGCGCCGCCAGCCGGCAUGAUGAUCGAUCCCACGAAGCAAGGCGAUUACCCGAUCCUUCUCGGGGACCAACUGGCGAAAAAGAACGGAGGACAUGCCUCCACAUUCAUAAACAUCACAUAUAACCACAAGAGCAAGUCGGCAACGGCGAAUCAACGGACGAAAAUCACUCGAUCUCCUACUUCACAAGAUAUAUACAACCUCACGAUCACGGACAAGGCUGGGAAUGCUGAGCAGACAUCGCUCGAGUACAAAUAUAAAGGCAGCAUAGAUCCGUCCAUACCGGUUCAGGGCUCUGAAGCAAGGAAUCUUGUUCUAGUCUUUGAUCCGAGCCGGAAAGCGUUUAUUCUAGAGUCUGUGAGCACAAGCUUAAACUUCAAUUUGCGCGCUGCACCGGGAAAAAAUAAAGACGUGAUUGAGCAAUAUGAGCAGUUACAUACUCUGGGCGACGAUGGAGAUCAUGCGCCCCGGGACGAGAGCGAUGAUGAGAAGCCAGAAGAUGCUGACCAGGAUAACCCUUACGAUUUCAGGCAUUUCCUCAAGAGGCCUGAAUUGGAAAAGGCCAAGUCGACGCUGUCGACGACCACGACACCAGACCCUCAUGGGGCUAUCAGCACAGCCAAUACGCCUGCAAUGCAACCAACAAAGGUAGAGGUUAAAAAGAUGGCACCUAGGCCCAAACAGCAGACGAAUCCUUUGCGGCAACCGAGACGAGCACCAAAAGCUAAGCCAACCAGUGUAUCUUCUACAACGAAGGGGAAAGCACAGCCCAAGUCGGCGCCGCGUGUCGAUCCUGAGGAUGAUAUUGCCAUCUCUGAGGCAGAGCAGUCUGAGAAGGAAGAGGAUGACUAUCAACAUCCAAAGUCUAGUCAGGCUGUACCUUCACCAAGUUCUAAUAUAAUCGUCGACGGAGAUCUCAUCAUCGAUAUGGGCUCUCCACCCACACGGCCCGCAUUCAAGGUCGAUCCCACUCACUUCUCAUCCAGUGACCAAUCCGCACACGGUACGGAUGAGGAGGGGAAUGAGGAGGACGAUGAAGAAAUUGAAGAUUUUCGUCUACCUUCUCCUGCCAGACAUGAUGCGAGAGUUGCAACGUCCGCCGCUGCAGCGGAACCAGAAGUCGCCGACGAGGAUGAAGAUGAGGAUGAAGAUGCUCUGGCAGCAGAAAUGGAAGCGGCGUUUGAAGAGGAGGCAUCGAGGACACAGAGCCUGCAGCAGACUCAACGAUAUGUUCCGAGCGAUGACGAGAGUGAAGUUAGUGAGGAAGAGUGA